AUGACUCGAAUAAGCGACAUGUGUUUUCUUCUUCUUCUUCUGGGACUUCUUUCUACAGUUCACCGUAUUCAUUCUGAUCGUCAACGACGAAAAGCCAAUGGAUGUGGACCUGGUUAUUUCAAUAUUGACGCUGAUUUACGAUUAGUAGGUGAGGGUUCACUUAUUUCGUGUUGUAAUGCUCAUGAUCUUUGUUAUGAUACCUGUGGAAGAACACAAACUUCGUGUGAUAAUGAUUUUCGUGUGUGUUUAAACAAUACUUGUGGACGAUUAAGAGGUUGGUUUGAAUGGUGGGCACAAGUUCGUCAAUCGGCUUGUAGAUUAGAUGGAAAAACUCUCUAUAAAGUGGUCGAUGCAAUUGGUAGUUUUGCAUAUAAUAGUGCACAAAAAAAGCAUGGUUGUAUAAGCGGAUAA